AUGAGAACCACGUUAUUGAGACGACUUCACAGUCAGUCUCCUAGCGCAAUCGCUAUGCGUGGGGUUCACCAUAAUCGACUAUCUCGAACAUCGUCGUCCUCGAGAUCAUCCAGCAGCAGUUUGAUUCAGCACAAUCAGAACAAUUACAACAAUCAUGAAAUCUCGGACCUGAUCCACGAAUAUGCUUCCAAAAAGCAAACGACAAUAUCCCUCAAAGACAUGAUGCUGAUGAAUAGUGUCAGCGAUACGGACCAUUAUCAGGCUCGUGAAAAACGUGUCCUUCGGGAACAAAUGUUGAUGCAAAUGGCAACCAUGCUCCAAGAAGAACUUCCCAUCCGAUUGGCCCACCGAAUACAAGAUCUGGAUUCCCUGGCGGUAUUGCAAGAAAUGCCCAGUGUCCAACAAGUCCGUUCCACCUAUCUUUCCAGUUUUUUGGACUUGUUGGACCAACCAAAACCUUCCUCUCCUCAGGCCGAACAAGACUUUGGCAGACUCUUGCAAAAUUUGUAUCAGAAUCACUCCAAUGUGUUGCGGCAAAUGGCAAGGGGUGUUUUGGAGCUAAGGUUUCAACAAGUACAGCAGCAAUAUCCAGUGAUGCCACUGGACCACGACCAUGGCCUUUCCAUGGUCGACGAAGCCUUUCUCGAUCGAUUUUACAUGUCACGCGUGGGCAUUCGAGUAUUGGCGGGUCAGUAUCUAGCUCUCCGGCAUCAACUCUUGAACGAUCCACUGGGUAAGAGUAUCCCCAAAGAAUAUGUAGGCAUGAUCAAUCGAAAGACCUCGCCGAGCCGUGUGGUGCAAAGGGCCAUUGAAGAUGCCACGUUACUCUGUCAUCAACAGUUUGGUCCUGGUCAGGCCCCCAAGGUGCAAGUGAGUGGGAAAAUGCAAUUGACCUUUUGCUACAUUCCUACCCAUCUCCAUUAUAUAUUAUUGGAACUCAUCAAGAAUUCCAUGCGAGCCACUAUGGAAUAUCACAAGGACAGUGAAGAAAAACCACCGAUACGAGUGGUGAUUGCCGAUGGAACGGAAAACGAAGAUGUGAUUAUCAAAGUGUCGGACCAAGGAGGUGGUAUUCCACGGUCCGAAAUGAGCAAGAUUUGGAGUUAUCUCUUCACCACUGCGUCACCCAAAGUCCAACAAGAAUUUUUCAAUGCCACCAAGCAACUGAAUGGUGCUAUUGAGAAUGGGUCCGUCUUGGCAGGUUUGGGGUAUGGGUUGCCUUUAAGUCGGGCCUACUCGAGGUAUUUUGGUGGGGAUUUGGAUCUGAUGAGUAUGGAGGGAUAUGGGACGGAUGCCUUUUGUCACUUGGUUCGACUUGCGGACAAGGCACCUUUGCCUGUAUAA